UAGAAUUAGACGUGAAAUCCCGAUAGUCACCCACGACCCAAAUCUCUCACAGGCCAUUCCCAAAUUCGGAACUUUUGUACAGUUUCGUGGUCGCUGGUGCGUUCUUUUGCAGGCUCAUCUAUCUCCAGCUCCAGAUCAACGACGAACACCAGUUCAGUUAUUAAAGUGAAAGAGCCGUGAAAGGGCAGCAAUGGAGGAGAAAGAGAAGGGAAAAGGAAGCGAGGAGAGAUGGAGCGGAGCGAUAGUCAAUUUGACAGAGAUGGCUUCCAAUCUCGAUUCGCUCCAAAAACUACUACUCAAGAAAGCAGUCUUUGUCGACGAAGAGACCUUCUCCAAGGCCUCUCUCACUGCUGAGCAAGCUCGAAACAUUAAGGUUCUUGAACAAAGGGUAGAGACUUUGGAAAGAGAACUUGAUGCUGCAAUUAGCGCUGCUGCACGUGCUCGUGCAGAAAAGAGACAGGCGGAGGCUGCACAAAAAGCUGCUGAAUUACGUGCACAAGAAGUCACAAAAGAACUUGAGAACACCACAAAGGUAUUUGAACUACACAUGGAAGAGUUGCGUACGAAGCAAGAAGAAAUCUCAAAGCGCGACAAUGAGAUUAAACUCCUUGAAGCUAUUAUACAAACCCUCGGUGGAAAAGAAUCUCGUCGUACAAGUGGAUAGGUUUAUGUUUCUUCAAGAUAAGAGGCUUUUGGUUUCUGUAAAACUGCUGUAUGUUAUCCUUAAUUCAAUCACUUUCAUUUCUGUGCAUUCUUUUCUAGUUUUCUUCUGCUUUCAGAUUUGAACUUUUGACUCUUUGAGCGUUACUGAAGGCUAACCCCAUGAGGUAAAGCUACGCUUCUCAGAGCAGACCAAUUUUUCUUGAGCAUACAGAUCAUUUCAGUUGGUAUUAGUGUAAAA